GCCUAUGUGCCAGUCCCAAUUCGUGUAAGGGUUUGCUGGAGUCAGAAGCGGAAGCAAAGUCUCGGUUUGAACCCUAACGAAGUUCGUCCACGGUGGCACCCUCGUGACGGGAUACCUUUCUUCUAUUCAAUUACGUUAUAUGACCGCAAUGGCGUUGCUAGCAGACAAAACGUUGGCGGCGGCUACAUUCCGCACCGUGGAAACCGGCUUGCAGGCUCGCGGCCGACUGGCACCGGUCUGCGCUCUUCGGUCACGGCAAAGUAGCAAUAGCGAUGCAUCCAGCUCUGGCCCGGCCCGCCAGCCGGCCAGGUCGCCCGCCGCGGCCGUCGACGACGGGGCCGGGGCUCCGGCGAAGCCUGGCCCAGCGCCGCGCACCCGUCGGGUAACAUCGGCAGCACAGCCAGAGAAGCCGGCCCCAGACGGCGAGCCCUCCACCAGCAGCAGCCGCACGGGCUUGGAUUCCGCCAGUGCGCCCCGCUACCCUAGGUCUCCACGCUCUGCCCAGGCACCGGGCGGCGCCACCCCGCCGGCUGCUGCCGCCGGCGCCGCGGCGUCCGCCGCCCCCAGCCCCACAUCCCCCAGCACCGCAUCCAGCACAGCAUCAUCCUCAUCACCCUCAACCGCGCCUGCUAGCGGCCUGCCGGCGGCUUCUGCGGGCCUGCCGGGCGGUCUGACGCCGGAGUUACUUGCUCUCUACGGGCUCAGCGAUGAGCAGCACGGGCAGAUGAACACCUACCUUGACCACAUGCUGGAAGUGAACCAGACCAUGAACCUGACAGCUGUCCGCGACAAGGGCGAUGCCUGGCAGAGGCACGUGGUGGACUCCCUCGCGCUACUGCCAGUCAUUGAGCGGCACGCGGCAGCGAUGGGGCUGCUGCGGCCCGCGGGCCCGGCUGUAGCAGGGGCAGAGGCAGGCGCGGCGGAGGCGCGCGGCUCGAGCGGGAGAAGCGCCGGCAGCAGCAGCGGCAGCAGCAGCCGCAGCAGUGGCGAUGGCGUUGAGCUGAGGCUGAUUGACGUCGGCACGGGCGCGGGCCUGCCUGGUAUGAUCAUUGCGGCGGCGCGGCCGCAAUGGAAGGUAACGCUGCUUGACACGCUCCGCAAGCGCUGCGACUUUCUGAAGGAGGCAGCGGCGCGGGCGGGGCUGCGGAAUGUGGAUGUGGUGUGGUGCCGCGCGGAGGAGGGCGGGCGCCGGCCUGAGCUGCGGCAGGCCUAUGACGUGGCAGUGGCUCGGGCGGUGGCUGAGACCCGAGUCCUGGCAGAGCUGUGCAUGCCCUUCGUGCGCACCGGCGGCCUGUGGGUGGCAGCCAAGGGGCCAGAUCCCGAGGCCGAGGUGGCUGCUGCCUCCAACGCCAUCGGCCAGCUGGGCGGCCGCAAGCUGGCGCUGGAGCGUGUCAGCAGCACCACCCUGGCACCCGCAGCCGCACCCGCGCCCGGGUCCGCCGCUGCAGGCGCAGGCGAGGCGGCCACAGCAAGCGAUGCUUUGGGUGCUGCAGGCGAGGGCCAGGCGCAGCAGGCGCAGGCGCAGCAGUUCACGGCACUUGUGGUGCUCAAGGAUAAGAGCACGCCGGCGCGCUUCCCGCGCCAGCCCGGCACGCCGAACAAGAAGCCGCUGUAGCGCUUUCGCAGAGCUUUUGCAGGCUUCUCGUUAGGGUCUCGUAGGGCUCUCGCCAGCCGGCCGUUUUGCGCGUGUGUACGGUGGACUGUAGGCGGCUUGGGCACGCAGGCCGCAAGGUCGCUAGCGCAAUGAACGACAUAUCAAGGUGGAGGAGCACGGCGAAGGAGUGAUAGCAGGUCAAGGGGACGCAUCAGGGUGUGGCGCUGCGGUAGGGGUUUGGCUGCCACUCAUCUGGUGGUGCAAUGGAGGUGCAACGGUGCUGCGGUGCACCGUUGGCGCGGUGGUGCUGGGGUCACCAGGGCAUGAGUUGCACCUUGCACACGUGUGUUUGGUACCGUGAUUUGUGUGUUAAGGAAGAGGGCUGCCAAGCCAGUGCUCAC